AUGGCCUUCUUUAGGAACUAUUCUGCUGAAACAAUCUCAAACAGAGCUGAAGAAAAGGGGCAGAAUCCUGGUAGAAUGGUUGGAAGCGAGGAUGUUGAUGGGACUUCCAGUGAAAGAGAAUUCGAUAUGAACAUCGAUCCACGGUAUGAAAGUGAGACUGAACUAGGGGAGAGUAGGGUGCUGGAUGAUGGAGCUCCUGACCAUGAAGCUGGUGCAAGUAAUUCACAUUUUCAGCCUUCUUCUGGAAAGGGAAAUGUGUCUGGGAAAUGGGGUUCAAGUUUUUGGAAAGAUUGCCGACCUAUGAGUGCUCAGGGGGUAUCUGAUUCGGGGCAGGACUCAAAAUCAGACUUUAAGCACGUCGAGGGGUCAGAAGAUAAUGUAUCAGAUGGCGAGGAUGACAGGUUAGAAUCAGAGUAUGAUGAAGAGGCAAAAGAAUCGCAUAGAGAUUUGAAGGGACAUUAUGAUGUUCCUGCUGAUGAGAUGUUGUCGGAUGAAUAUUACGAGCAGGAUGGGGAAGAUCCAACUGAUUUGACUCACUUUAAGGGUUUUAGCAAUUCAGCUGGUCUGAAUUCUAGGCAACCGUCUAAGCCUGCGCCUGUCAAUAACAAUUCGUCCAGGAGCUCGAGAGCUAUGCGGAAUAAUAGAGAUGAUGACAAUGAUGAGGGUGAUGCUGAUUAUGAGGAAGAGGACGAUGAAGACGACCCAGAGGAUGUUGACUUUGACCCAAAUUAUGGUGGCACUAGUGUUCGUCCAGGGAAAAAGGAUAAAGACUGGGGUGCUGACUCGGAUGAUGCUGAUGACGAUUUGGAUGUCUCAGAUGAUGAUGACGAUGAUGAUUUUUAUAAGACAAAAAGGCCUAAGGGAAGACAACGGGGUAAUGGUGGACGUUCUGCAAAAUCUGCAAGAGAGCGCAGGCCCACACACACUCAAGCACGGCCUAGAAGAGGCAAAUCAUCAUAUGAAGAGGAUGAGUUCUCUGCUGAGGAUUCCGAGAGUGAGAGUGAUGAAGACUUUAAGAGUCUGACUAGAAGAGCAAAUAUUCGGAAGUCUAAUGCUCGCUCCACUAUGUUGGCACAUACUAGUGGACGAAACAAUGAAGUGCGUAGUUCUGGUAGGUCAGUCCGGAAGGUGUCAUACGUUGAAAGUGAUGAAAGUGAAGAAAUCGAUGAGACAAAGAAGAACAAAUCUCAAAAGGAGGAAAUUGAGGAAGAAGAUGGAGAUUCCAUAGAAAAGGUGUUGUGGCAUCAGCCAAAGGGAAUGGCUGAAGAUGCCCUUAGGAAGAAUAAAUCAGCAGAACCUGUUCUUGCAACUCACCUUUUCACUUCCGAGCCAGAUUGGAAUGAAGUGGAGUUCUUGAUAAAGUGGAAAGGACAGUCACAUUUGCAUUGUCAGUGGAAAUCUUUCUUUGAACUACAAAAUCUCAGCGGUUUUAAGAAGGUGCUGAACUAUACCAAAAAAGUAGUAGAAGAUAUCAGGUAUCGGAGGAUGCUUUCGCGUGAAGAGAUUGAGGUCAACGAUGUGAGCAGGGAAAUGGAUUUGGAUCUUAUAAAACAAAAUAGUCAGGUGGAAAGAGUUGUUUCUGACCGAAUAAGCAAAGAUAGCUCUGGUAAUAUUAUACCGGAGUAUCUAGUCAAGUGGCAAGGACUCUCUUAUGCUGAGGCCACCUGGGAAAAAGAUGUCGACAUUGCAUUUGCUCAAGAUGCGAUAGAUGAAUAUAAGGCACGUGAGGCGGCAAUUGCAGCUGUACAAGGGAAAAUGGUGGAUUUUCAGCGGAGGAAAGGCAAAGCAAGCUUGAGAAAGCUUGAUGAGCAGCCUGAAUGGUUGAGAGGAGGAAAGCUUCGUGAUUAUCAGCUGGAGGGCUUGAAUUUUCUUGUGAACAGCUGGAGAAAUGAUACGAAUGUCAUUCUAGCUGAUGAGAUGGGUCUUGGGAAAACGGUGCAGUCAGUUUCAAUGCUUGGGUUUCUUCAGUAUGCUCAGCAGAUCCCUGGCCCAUUUCUUGUUAUUGUGCCUUUGUCCACACUAUCUAACUGGGCGAAAGAAUUUAGAAAGUGGCUUCCAGAUAUGAACAUAAUAGUAUACGUUGGUACGCGUGCCAGCCGAGAGGUUUGCCAACAAUAUGAGUUCCACAAUGAGAAGAAAGUUGGUAGGCCAGCAAAGUUUAAUGCACUGUUGACCACAUAUGAAGUUGUUCUGAAAGACAAAGCAGUGCUGUCAAAGAUCAAAUGGAACUAUAUGAUGGUUGAUGAAGCUCACAGGUUAAAGAAUAGUGAGGCGCAGCUGUACACGACUCUCUCUGAAUUCAGUACCAAAAACAAGUUGCUGAUCACUGGCACUCCACUGCAAAACAGUGUGGAAGAACUAUGGGCUUUGCUGCAUUUCCUUGAUCCAGAUAAAUUCAAAAACAAAGAUGAUUUUGUCCAGAACUACAAGAAUCUUAGUUCAUUCAAUGAAAAUGAGCUUGCUAAUCUGCAUAUGGAAUUGAGGCCCCAUAUCCUCAGAAGAGUCAUUAAAGACGUGGAGAAAUCUUUGCCUCCAAAAAUUGAGCGUAUUUUGAGGGUGGAAAUGUCCCCUCUACAGAAACAGUACUAUAAAUGGAUCUUGGAACGCAACUUCCAUGACUUAAACAAAGGAGUUCGUGGAAAUCAGGUGUCACUUCUUAACAUUGUGGUGGAGUUGAAGAAAUGUUGUAAUCAUCCCUUUCUCUUUGAAAGUGCUGACCAUGGUUAUGGGGGUGAUACCUUUGAUGAUGGAAGCAAAUUGGAGAGAAUUAUCUUGAGCAGUGGAAAGCUAGUAAUACUUGACAAAUUGCUUGUCCGAUUGCACGAGACAAAACAUCGUGUUCUGAUUUUUUCACAGAUGGUCAGAAUGCUGGACAUACUUGCCGAGUAUAUGUCACACAGAGGGUUUCAAUUUCAGAGGCUUGAUGGGAGUACCAAGGCCGAGUUGCGUCAUCAGGCAAUGGAGCAUUUUAAUGCACCUGGAAGUGAUGAUUUCUGCUUUCUUCUAUCAACUAGGGCGGGUGGUCUUGGUAUAAACCUUGCAACGGCUGACACAGUUAUAAUAUUUGAUUCAGAUUGGAAUCCACAAAACGACUUACAGGCUAUGAGUAGAGCUCACAGAAUUGGACAACAAGAAGUUGUUAACAUCUAUAGAUUUGUGACAAGCAAAAGUGUUGAGGAGGAUAUCCUCGAGCGAGCUAAAAAGAAAAUGGUUCUUGACCAUUUGGUUAUCCAAAAGCUGAAUGCUGAGGGGAGAUUGGAAAAGAAAGAAGCAAAGAAGGGAAGUUAUUUUGACAAAAAUGAACUGUCUGCAAUUUUGCGGUUUGGGGCUGAGGAACUCUUUAAAGAAGAAAGAAGUGAUGAAGAAAACAAGAAAAGGCUCUUAAGCAUGGAUAUUGAUGAAAUCCUGGAAAGAGCAGAGAAGGUUGAAGAGAAGGAAGGUGAACAAGAGGAAGGGCAUGAACUGUUGAGUGCAUUUAAGGUUGCUAAUUUUGGUUCUGCGGAAGAUGAUACAAGUUUCUGGAGUAGGUGGAUAAAACCAGAUGCUGUAGCUGAUGCUGAAAAUGCUUUAGCUCCGCGUGCUGCAAGAAAUACGAAGAGUUAUGCUGAGACUGACCCAGCCGAGAGAAGUAGCAAACGGAAAAAGAAAGCUUCUGAGCCACCAGAACCGCAGGAAAGAGCACAGAAGCGUAGAAAAGCAGCAGAUCAUUCUGCCCCAUUGGUGUCAAUGAUUGAUGGAGCUUCUGCUCAAGUCAGAGAUUGGUCGUAUGGGAAUCUGUCUAAGAGGGAUGCGUUACGCUUUUCUCGCGCGGUAAUGAAAUUCGGGAAUCUUAGCCAACUUGAUUUGAUAGCUGCUGAAGUCGGCGGAGCCUUUGCAGCAGCUCCACAAGAUGCACAGAUUGAGCUUUUCGAUGCCUUGGUAGAUGGUUGCAAAGAGGCUAGUGAAGUAGAAAGUAUGGACCCAAAGGGACCAUUGUUAGAUUUUUUUGGUGUUUCGGUGAAGGCCAACGAUUUGCUCACUCGUGUUCAAGAACUGCAGCUACUGGAAAAACGAAUAAACCGUUAUGAGAAUCCUGUUGCACAAUUCCGUGUGUUGUCAGACCUAAAACCUUCAAACUGGUCCAAGGGCUGUGGCUGGAAUCAGAUUGAUGAUGCAAGAUUGCUUCUGGGCAUAUAUCACCAUGGGUUUGGUAACUGGGAGAAGAUAAGGUUAGAUGAAAGGCUUUGCCUCUCCAAGAAGAUCGCCCCAGCAGAACUCCAACACCAUGAGACAUUUCUUCCUCGUGCCCCUAAUUUGAGGGACCGGGCUAAUGCUCUCUUAGAGAUGGAACUUGCAGCUGCCGGUGGUAAGAAUGCCAAGGUUAAAGUAGGACGGAAGGCUUCUAAGAAGGAAACUGGGCCUCUCGUAAAUUCUUCAGCACUUCGAAUGAAGGACAAGAAGGUGAAACCUAAUUUCGGCACAGUUAAUAAUACCCAUAGCAGCAGGAAUAGGCAAAAUCAGAAACCACAACAGAGAGUUGAGCCGCUAGUGAAAGAGGAAGGUGAGAUGUCAGAUAAUGAGGAACUUAGCGUGCAAUUUAAGCAAAUGAAAUGGACUGAGUGGUGCCAUGAUGUCAUGGUUGAUGAGAUAAAAACGUUAAAGCGACUCCACAGACUGCAGACUACCAGUGCGGACCUCCCAAAGGAAAAGGUACUCUCAAAGAUCCGGAACUAUUUGCUGAUAAUUGGAAGAAGAAUCGACCAAAUAAUAUCAGAAUACGAAGACCUUUAUAAGCCAGAUAGAUUAGCAAUGAGGCUGUGGAAAUAUGUUUCAACCUAUUCAAAUCUAUCCGGAGAGAGACUCGAACAGACAUACUCGAAACUGAAAAAGGAGCUGGAUGAGGAGGCAGGGGUGGGACCCUCGUAUAUGAAUGGAGAUGGAGAUUCGUCAAAUUAUUUCCCUCAAUUUUCAGGUCAUGCUGAUAGGCAGAGAGGGCAGAAAUCUGGUUAUCAAUUGUCCGAUCCUACUCCAAAAGGUCUCGACACUGCGAAAUUCGAAGCAUGGAAAAGACGGAGAAGAGCUGAGGCUGAUAUACCUUUACAAGCACAGCAUACCCUCCCCCAAGCUCAACCACGGUUGAUGAAUACUAAUGGCAACCGUGUAGUUGACCCUAAUUCAUUGGGGAUCCUUGGUGCAGCACCAACUGAUAAUAGGCAGCUCAGUAAUGGGAGGCCUUACAGAAUGCGGCAAGCUGGUUUUCCUCCAAGAUGA